ACAUACAACAAAACACCCUACUCGUAAGUGUUGAAAACCAACUGCUAAAAUGAAAAAAAAGUGUGAUGGUUAGAUACUGAUCUUUUUUACUCUCUUUUUUAUUUUUCAUUUAACCUUAAUCAACUUUUUUCUUGACCAAAUCAAAUCUUCAAUUCAUACAUGUGUACAUUCACCUCACAUUCGCAACAAAAUUCAUUCUGCAUCAACCAUAAUCUAUACCUCAUCCAAUUACCACACUUUGAUAAAUUCGACGAUUUACAGUUUUUUUUUUCAUUUCCACUUCAAAAAUACAAUGCCCGUUAAAGAAUUCAACACCCCCUAUCCUGUCAUUGACACCGAUCCCCACUUCGGUCGUGUUGUCCGUUACAUGAGACCUACAGAUUAUGCCGCAUGGGCCGCAGGUACCGCUGCUGCUCCUGCCAUUUUAUUGGGAAUGGAAAAAAUGGAUCCCGUUGGACCUAUGCGUAACUUACGUCUCCCUCUCCGUAUUGCCACUAUUGUUGGUGCAUUCGGUGGUUUCUUGUAUGCUUACCAAACCAGUUCUCUCCGUUUCUGGGGUUGGACCGAAAAUGCCGCUGAAGUUGCCAAGGAUCACGCUGAAUUGAGCCAACUCGCAAAGGAAGGAAAGCCUUUGUAUGGUGAAAGUUACAUGCCUGAGCACGUUCAAAAUGCUUCUGCCAGAAACACCAGAUACGCACAAUUGAAGUUCUCUGCUUUCCCAUGGUUCAACUUUGCCAACCACAACAACCAUGGUGUUGACACCUCCAAGUACACCGAAUCCUCUUAAACAUAUAAUAUCAGCACUUUAUAAAAAAAUAAAAAAAAAUCGGCUUUGUUUAUCAAAUUAAGGUUGAACAAAAGUGAUUAUAUUUGAGUAAAAAAAAAAU